AUGGGGAGACAAGGCAGCGAGAACACAGCAGCAUCAGACACUCAGGAGACACCCUGCAGCAGCAGCACGAAUUCCCCGCGUACGGACCCCCUGCAGCAGCAGCACCAGCAGCACCAGCAGCAGCUACAGCAGCAGCAGCAGCAGCAGCAGCAGCAGCAGCAGCUACAGCUGCAGCUGCAAUGGAUGGAGGAGCAGCAUCUGCUGCAGAACGAGAUCCCCAAUCCAAGCGAUCUAUCCUUUUUGCUGCAGCAGCAACAGCAGCAGCAGCAGCAGCAGCAGCAUCAGCAUGACGACCUCCUCCUACACCACCACCACCACCAUCACCAUCAGCAGCAGCAGCAGCAGCAGCAGCAGCAGCAGCAGCUAAAGAAAUUAGAUUUACCUACAGAAGCAUUUUGCUGCCUAAAGACACCCGCUAGUACAUGCGAUAGCGACAGCACGCAGCCAGAGGAGGACGCUGCUGCUGCUGCUGCUGCUGCUGCUGCUGCUCAGCAGCAGCAGCAGCAGCAGCAGCAUCAGCAUGACGACCUCCUCCUACACCACCACCACCACCAUCACCAUCAGCAGCAGCAGCAGCAGCAGCAGCAGCAGCAGCAGCUAAAGAAAUUAGAUUUACCUACAGAAGCAUUUUGCUGCCUAAAGACACCCGCUAGUACAUGCGAUAGCGACAGCACGCAGCCAGAGGAGGACGCUGCUGCUGCUGCUGCUGCUGCUGCUGCUGCUGCAGCAGGAGGAGGAGGAGGAGGAGAUGGAGAAGGUAGUGUAACAGGAGUAGUAUCAGGUAGCAGCAAUACAGCAGCAGCAGCUGCUGCUGCUGCAGCAGCAUAUAUGCUGCAGCAAGUGUCUCCUCCUGGUUGGCUGCUGCCUACACAGACCAAUGGUCAUCAAGAGACAGCAGCAUUUGGAUCCUUACUCUCUCCUCCUAAUAGGUCUCUUGUCUCUUCCCUCUUCUCUGCUGUUAAUAACGAAGAAAUGCAUGCAGCAGCAGGGGGGCCCCCAGGGGGCCCCCUAGGUCUUGCUGAUGAUUGCCAUAACUUCCUUACUGUCUUGCAGGGAGCAGAGGUGUCUCAUCAUGAGCGCAUGCAUGGGGCUGCAUGCAGCAACGUUCUUGAUUUUGCUGCUGCAGCUGAUGAUCUUUCUUCUUUUCCUUUCUCUUCUCCCUUAGAUAUCUUGCGGUGUACAUACACCCCAACAGAUACACCAGUAGCAGCAGAUAGGCUGUCCAGUGCUGCAACAGUAGACCUGCAGCAGCAGCAGCAGCAGCAGCAAGAAGAAGAAGAAGAAGAACAGGAGAAGGAGCAGGAGCAGCAACAGCAGCAGCAGCACGAGGAGGAGCAGCAAGAGCAGCAGCAGCAAGCAGCACUUCUUGCUGAUCUACGUGGCCUUAUUAAACAUAUUUGCUGCGAGUGGAGGAGCAGCAGGGGUGCAGCAGCAGCAGCAGCAGCAACAGCAGCAGCAGCAGCAGCAGCAGCAGAAGGCUCAUUAAAUUUCUUGUGGAGUCAUCCAUCCCCUCCAUCCCCCCUAAGUGCAGCAGACAGCAGCAGCAGCAGCAGCAGCAGCAGCAGCAGCAGCAGCAGCAGCAGCAGCAGCAAGCUUUGUUAUAAUCCAUUAAAGUUGCAGCCCUUCUUGCUGCCUGCUGCUCAAUUAAAGCCCCAAAACUUGUGGGGCCCCGGCAUGCAUGCAGCACAUUCUUUACUAGGGGAGCAGCAGCACCAGCAGCACCAGCAGCAGCAGCAGCAGCAGCAGCAGCUAAAUAUGCACAGACACCUAAGACAAGCAUUCGCAGAUAAGCCAACCCUCAACGCUGCUAGGGGACUUUGA